CUUUCAUUAUAGCACUACCAAAACCCAUUUGGGAAAACAUGGGUUCUCAAAUGGCCUCUAUUACUCUCACUAUUGCAUUGGCAAUAAUCACUCUUUGCUUGCCAUCCCAAAUUUCAGCAAACAACUAUAUCUAUUCAUCCCCACCACCACCACCUAAGCCUUACUACUACCACUCUCCACCACCUCCGGUUCACUCACCUCCUCCUCCUUACCAUUACAGUUCACCACCACCACCACCAAAGAAGCCAUACAAAUACGCUUCUCCUCCACCACCAGUUUACAAAUACAAGUCACCACCUCCACCUGUGUACAAGUAUCCUUCUCCUCCACCGCCCGUUUAUAAGUACAAGUCACCUCCUCCACCGGUGUACAAGUACAAAUCACCACCACCACCACCUAAGAAGCCAUAUAAAUACCCAUCUCCACCACCACCAGUUUACAAGUACAAGUCACCUCCUCCACCAGUAUACAAGUACAAAUCCCCUCCACCGCCAGUUUACAAGUAUAAGUCACCUCCUCCACCAGUAUAUAAGUACAAAUCUCCUCCACCUCCACCAAAGAAACCAUAUAAGUACCCAUCUCCACCUCCACCCGUUUACAAAUACAAUUCACCUCCUCCUCCCUACAAGUAUCCAUCUCCUCCUCCACCUCCGUACAAGUACCCUUCACCACCACCCCCAGUUUAUAAGUACAAGUCACCUCCUCCACCGGUAUACAAAUACAAAUCGCCACCACCACCGGCCAAGAAGCCAUAUAAAUAUCCAUCACCUCCACCACCAGUUUACAAAUAUAAGUCUCCUCCUCCACCCGUCUACUCGCCACCUCCACCAGUUUACAAGUAUAAAUCUCCACCUCCACCAGUUUACUCACCACCUCCGCCACACUAUGUCUACUCUUCACCUCCUCCACCGGUCUACUCCCCUCCUCCACCACAUUACAUCUAUGCAUCACCUCCUCCUCCUUACCACUUCUAGACAGUGGUUUCCCAUUGUAUCUCAUGGAUUUGAGGAAUAUUGGAAAUAAAAGAGAACAUAGUGCAAAGCAGGGAAGAUGCAUUUCACAAUAAUAGAAGGAAAAAAAAAGGGAAGCAAAGUUUUCCACCACGUAUUUCUCUCAAGAAAAGUCACUUUUUUUUUCUUAUUUGUUUUGUUAUAUAUGUAUUAUAUAUUGUCAUUAUUAGUAUGCUUGGAUUUUGAAUUUAGAUUGUAAGGCACUGUGUGCAAUUUCAUAAAUGCAUUUUGUUUUGAACCUACUUUGUUAAGGGGUUUCGAAGAAAAUAAAAUUUGAAUAUAAUUUCUA